UUUCCGGCUACUGUUUUCUACUUCCGGGGGAACAAGUCAGGAAUCAUUUUUCAUCGAUUAUGAUUCCGGAAGAAUUUAUCCAAUUUUUUUGACAUCUGAGAAGAUGCUGGAUAAUUUUUAAUAGUGGAUUUAGUUGAAAAGGAUCAAUAAAAAUGUUCAAAAAGGAAAACUUACGCAAGAAUUUUCUGAGAGUGAAACAAAUUGCAGAUCAGAAUUUAGGAAGGGUUGAGAAAACUGAGGUGUUAUCAGAUGAUCUUCAGACCUCGGAGAAAAAAGUUGAGCUAGUGAAACAUGUUUCAUCAAACACAGUCAAGAAACUGGGAACCAGCCUUCUGGGAGCUGGUACUAGUGACCCAGAAAAAAGACUUAAAAAGAUGCCUGAAGCUGGUCUUGGGCACAGUAUGAUCGAGUCAGCUUCUUAUUUAGGAACAGAAUGCAUUAUGGGACAGAUGUAUCAGAUGUGUGGAGAUUGUCAGAAUUCACUAGCUCAACAACAUCUACAAUAUGAACUGGAUGUUGAGAAAAAUGUACUUGAACCAUUGCAAGCUAUUGUAGAGAAUGAAAUUCCACAUAUAGGCAAACUGAAAAAAGCUCUUGGUAAAGUUACUUUAGACAUGGACUCCGCAAAAAGCAGGCAUAAUAGUGCUGUAAAGCAGGCACAGGUUCCAGGUGUUAAUAUGGUGUCUGCCUCAGCGAAGGUUGACAGUCUCUACACGGAACUAGAAGAUACUCAGAAUCGUGUAGAAGCAGCAAAGGAUGCUUACACUACUGGAAUGUUUGGCUUUAUAUCUAAAGAAGCAGAACAUAGUCAAAACUUGUUAAAUUUAUUAGAAGCUCAAGCCAGUUAUCAUCAGCAUGCAUUAGCCAUAAUAGAGACAAUGAUACCAAAAAUGCGAGAAUCACUCAGCUGUAAUCCUAUCAAGCCAGUGUAUGGUGUUGCUUUAGAGGAACAUUUAAGAGUAACUAAUAGAGAUAUAGCACAGGUGCUAGAGGCUUGUGUCUGCUUCCUACUCGAUGUCGGAUUAGAAGAAGAGGGUUUGUUUAGAAUUGCUGGGAUGGCGUCUAAAGUAAAAAAGUUAAAGGCAUCAUUUGAUGCAGGUAUAGAGUUUGAGGACAGUGGAGAAUUAGAUCCUCAUACAGUAGCAGGGGCGUUCAAACAGUAUUUAAGAGAACUUCCUGAACCUUUGCUGACAUUUAAACUCUUCCCUGAUUUCAUGGCUGCAGCUCAAAAGCCUCAAGACCAGAGAUUACAAGCAUUGUGGUGUGUUGUAGAUAGAUUACCAAAACCAAAUUAUGAUAAUUUUAGGUACUUAAUAAAAUUUUUGUCAAAGUUGACAGAGAAGUCAGAAGUGAACAAAAUGACACCAGGCAAUAUAGCAAUUGUGAUAGGCCCAAAUCUCAUUUGGUCAGAAGGAGAUAGUGGCCCAAAUAUGAUGAAUACAGGCAUAUUAAGUUUGAUAACAGAAUUAAUAGUUCAGCAUGCAGACUGGUUCUUUCCUGGAGCUGCUGACUUUCAAGCAACUCAGAGAGAUCAAGCACCUGCUCGUAAACGCAGACAAAGUGAUGGUUUAAUACAAAAACAAGGCAGUGCUGUUACAAAAGCUCCUCCCAUGACAACUUCAAAGCCUCCUCCCAUAACAUCACCAAAGCCAUCUAUUUCGCAGUCUGUAGCUAUUGUUCAACCAAGCACCUCUGGGACACAGUCCAAACUGAAAGAUCUUGUACCUGGUCGUAAAACAAGUGAGGAAUCAGUAUCAUCAUCUAGUGAAUCAACAAGUGUAUCUGAAGCCUCUGUACACAAUAAGGAGUAUGAGAAUGCUGAUACAUUAGAGAGAAGGGACAGUGUGGACCACUAUCUUACUGCUAGAGGUGACUUGAGCCAGUCUAAUGCAUUCCAAUCACCCAGUUCGAGUGUCACUAACAAACGUACUAACCCCAUCAUUACAUUUGACCCCAAUGAACGUCUUAAACAUAAACCGUCUAUAAAAAGACAAGCGCCUAAGCCUAGAAUAGAUGCAAAACCAGCUCAUUUACAGCCAACAAGCCCAUCAUCACCUUCUGGACACAAUGUUCAUUCAGACAUGUACAGCACAGCAUUUGCUCUUCAAUCGCUAGGUGACGGUGGUACGUGGCCAAAAUACUUGAAUACGGUCAGAUCUAUAUGGGAUGACCAACUUCACAGUACAGGAAAUUCUGACUUUUGCAUUAUGGGAAAUAUCUCAGGAAAUGGUCAAGCAAGGUCAAAUCAGGAUAUCAACUUUCAAUGUGUAACACCCCAGGAAAGUAACACUCCUCCGUUUCCAAAAACACCAAUAGAAACGCAAUCACAUGAUCAUGCCCAACUGGAAAGAACUGGUUCCAACCAGUCUAGCUCCUCCCAUGGAACCCCUCACUCUAGUCCAGCAGCCAAUCAGGAUACAGGAAGUCCAGUGACUCCAGCCUCCGGGUCAAGGUCACCAUCAGUAUCACCUGCUGUCAGUAGUUCAAAUUUACAAGGAGCACCUUUAGCAGAAAGUGAAGACUUCCAGUCCGUGGUUCGGAGACCGACAAGAAAACCUGCUCCUCCGCCCCCAGAGAGACCAUAUUCUGUAGCUGUAUCAGCAAGCGUGAGACCUGGUGAGCAGGCAUCACAGUACCAGACCUGGCCAAGACAGGCUUUAACACCACAAGGUGAUAGCUCUCCAAGCACUUUGUCUCGUUCUGAUAAACAGAAAACUUUACCACCAGAUCGACCAAAUCCACCAGAGCGCAUUUCUUCACUUCAGUCUGGUUCCCAAUCCAACCAAGGUGACAGACCGAAAAUUCCACCUCCUGUUGUUCCUCCAGGGCACCAGCGAUCAGCUUCUACAGGAGCCCCUGUUACAAUACCAGGAACACCUCUUCACCAUAUGGACAAUGAAAAACUUACAGGUAGUCUAACCCCUAAUACAGGGUUACAUCCCGACAAUGGGGCAUUAAACCAUAGUCAGCUUCAGCAUCCACAAGAUAAGCUUUCUCAUAGCAGCUUAAAUAGACAUACAAUAGCUCGGCCUCCUCGGCCCAUGCCACCACCUCCACCUCCUCCUGAUAAUUCUAUAGUCGAGCAAACACAUCUUUAAUUUGUCUGUGAUAUGUGUACUUUACUUGUAAAAUGUAAAUAACUUGCACAAUAGAAACUUACAUGUGAUAUUUGUUUUAUGAAAUCUGUCUCGUCCUGCACAUUUAUCAGUUGUUUGUAUUUUAAAAGGAAUAUUCUUAUUGUAUGUCUUAGGUUGUAUCAAAUUCUUUAUGUAACGCUGUAUCCAUUUAAGCUGUUAACGAAACUUAUAGGUGCUUUGGACAUUUAUGUAAUGCAUGUAAUUUUUGUUGAUAUCAUUGAAUAUAUAAUUAUACCAGUGCAUGUACAAUGUAGAUGAUGUUAAUUUAACAUAUGAAUACACAUGUAUUGAAUAGUUUUAACCAUUUUGUAUAUCAGAUGUAGAGUUUGGAUAUAGAGGAAAAAGGUUUUUCUCUUUUAUUUUCUUUUAUAGAAGCAAGGAUUUUAGAAAUUGAUCUUUUUAUUCAGUGGGAAGAAUUGCUGACAUUGUUGUUCAAUCUACACUUAUCACCAUAUUGAAAUUAAUUUAAUAUUUAAGUAAAUUAAAAUGCUAUUUACUAGGCUUUUACAUAUCUUGAAUGUUUUAGCGAUGUUACUUAAUAUAUGCUAAAGUUCUGGUGAAUUAUUUUAAGUCGUACAAGACACCUGAUGAUCUCAAGGUCUUAAACUUAGUAUGAUCAAUUAGAAUGAUGGAUCAUUUGAUACAUGUAAUUAUAUCAUCAGCUUAUUGUAUCACUGUUUAUUGUGCUGUUAUAUUGUGCUACCUUUCAUCUAUCAUGGUAAACUGCUUCUAGAACAGUAAGCUACAUUCUAUUAACACACUUGCCAUUUACAAAUUUGUUAAUCCAAUUAUAAUUGUUAGUAUUCUUUUUCUAAGAAAUUUGUUAUACCAUGCAACAUAUGAGAAGAGAGAUUUUUUUAUGAGUAUGAAAUGUUACCUUUAGCACAAAGUUUGCUCAUCGUUUCAGUGUGUCGGAUACUAUAUUUGUCUAAUAAGUUAUUUCUUUACAUAUAAAAAAAGUAUUGCACAAUUUUCAGGACUUAACAGCUGUUGGUAGCUCAAAUUUCUUGUAAGGUUGCCGAUGGAUUGGAAUUUUCCAAUGGUGAAUCUUAAAAUUUAUCAAUUCUUUAAGAUUUACAAAUGAAUUUGCUAUUGUUCACAUGCAUUUGAAGGUGUACUUAUUCAAUGUUGAUACAUUAGUAACAUAGAUAGUUCAUGUUUAUAAUUAAGUAAAUGCCUGGUUUUUCUUUUUAAUUUUUAUCAUAAACAUGAGAGAAAACAUAUAGAUGGGAAAGGUGGGGACACUUAUAAUCUUUUACUAACACUCUUUGUUUAUGUAUAACAUUUAGGUAAAUGUUUGAAAUUGUUAUGUAAAAUUUAUUUUGCAGCAUAAAUUGGAGGAGUUAUUUCAUUCGUAACAUAUUUUUUUGUUACAGUGUGAUGAUUUUCAUAUGUCCUUAAAAAACAUGAAUGUUAAUUAAUGUUAGUUAUAUAGCGUUUUAAUGUCUACCUUGUUUAAAAGGAUGUUUUCUUCAAAUUGAAUGAAACUAUUUUUUUGCAGUUUUUACAAAAGUUCAUAAGCAAGGAUUGUUUUAAAUGCUGCCAUAUUAAUGUUUCAGUUGAUAUUGGUUCACCUGUAAAUUUGUCAAUGACCUAUUUACUUCUGUUAUACUAUAUGAAUUAUAUUGGAAAGACUCCUGAAAACUUGUAUUGUCUGAAAUUUGAAGUAUUUUUGGAAAGAAUUUAUGUAAAACAUAACUAAGUAAAUGUAGAUAUUUGAUAUUUUUAUGUUGAACUUAAAAGAGCAGGCCUUUGUUACAGAGAGUUUGAAACAACAGUUUUAAGUGUACUAAAAGGGAGAUUAUUUUAAUAUUUAAAUGGUAGAGUAUAAAUUAUGUUUUGGGUAAUUGAUAAACUGGGUAAACUGAUGUUUCAUGUACAAAUUGGUGAGUAAUUUAACUUAUCUAGUAACAUCAUUUAAUGGUCUCUUGUAGUUAGCCUGAUAGGUAUCUUUGAAAUUGUUAUGCUAAAACAGUUUUGGCUUUAAUACAUAUUUAUCUGAUCAACAAGUAAGAUUAUUGGUAAUCAUGAUUAGAUUAGCCAAAACAGACCUGGUCUCAAGGCUAUAAACAUUUUAUUGAGUUCUGUUUCCAGUCUAAGGAUUUUCAAUGGUCAGCGAACCUUUAUAUUUUAUUUAAUUCUACCAUUUUGUCUUUUUUUUAGCAACAUGACAUUGUUUGUUUUAUGAUAUAACCAUUUAAGUGUUUCUUAACAUUACUACUUUUCUAAAGUUUGCUAUGAAAUAUUAUGACUUUCACCCUAUGUAAAACAAAUAAAUUGGCAUCAUUUUUUAGAAAAUAGUAUUAUAAAACGGUUGACUGUUUUCAAGGUUUUGAGUGGUUAAUAACAUUUGAUAUAUGUAUUGAGUUAAGAACAAUAACAUUUCAUGUCCUAAACUUGUAUGUGUAUUAUGUUUGUGCCAGAAAUGUUUUACAGCUUGGCAUUUGCUUUAUAAAUAUAAAGCUUUCCUGAAUUUGUUGAAUUCUUAACUGACUUGUACUGAAAGGAUAAGCCUUUGCCACCAAUAUAGAGUCAAACCUGCAUAUCUGUGCAGUCUGACUAGUAGGCUUUGUAUUUUUUGGUAGUUUAAUUUUUAGCUCACCUGAGCACGAAGUGCUCAAAGGUGAGCUUUUGUCAUCACUCUGCGUCCGUCGUGCGUCGUGCGUCGUGCGUCGUGCGUCCUUCAAAAAAUGGCGUCAAACUUUUCAAACAACAUCUCCUCCUAAACUACAUGGCCAAUUGCAACCAAACUUUACAGAAAUGAUCCUUAGGUGGACCCCUUUCAAAGUUGUUCAAAAAUUUAAAUUCCAUUAAAAACUCUGGUUGCCAUGGCAACCAAUAAGAAAAACUUAAAAAAUCUUCUUCUAAAAAACUGUAAGAGCUAGAGCUUAGAUAUUUGGCAUGAAACAUUUUCUAAUGAGUGCCUACCAAGUUUGUUCAAAUCAAAGCCCUAGGGUCAAAAUUGACCCCGCCCCAGGGGGUCAUUGAUUUUCCCUAUAUGCAUAUAGUAAAAACUAAAAAAAUCUUCUUUUAAAGAACUCAAAGAGCUAGAGCUAAGAUAUUUAGCAUGAAACAUGUUCUAAUAGGUGUCUACCAAGUUUGUUCAAAUAAAAGCCCUGGGGUCAAAAUUGGCUCCGCCCCGGGGGUCAUUGAUUUUCCUUAUAUGUGUAUAGCAAAAACUUAAAAAAAUCUUCUUUAAAAAAAACCAAAUAGCUGGAGUUUAGCUAUUAAGCAUGAAACAUCUUCUAGUGAGUGUCUACAAAGUUUGUUCAAAUAAAAGCCCUGGGGUCAAAAUUGGCCCCGCCCCGGGGGUCAUUGAUUUCCUUAUAUGACUGUGUAUAGCAAAAACUUAAAAAUCUUCUUUGAAAAAACCCAGAUAGCUAGUGUUAAGAUAUAAAGCAUGAAACAUCUUCUAGUGAGUGUCUACCAAGUUUGUUCAAAUAAAAGCCCUGGGGUCAAAAUUGGCCCCGCCCCAGGGUGUCUUUGAUUUUCCCUAUAUGCAUAUAGUUAAAACUUAAAAAAUCUUCUUUUAAAGAACCCAAAGAGCUAGAGCUAAGAUAUUUAGCAUGCAACAUCUUCUAAUGAGUGUCUACAAAGUUUGUUCAAAUAAAAGCCCUAGGGUCAAAAUUGGCCCCGCCCCCGGGGUCAUUGAUUUUCCCUA